AAGAAGAUGGACGAGGCUCUCCUACUCAAUCACACUUCCUCAGUGACGCAUUUUCACCUUAGAGGUUUAUCUGUGGAUCAGAAGGUGCAGGUGUCUGUAUUUGCCAUAUUCCUCCUUUUCUACAUCCUGACACUGAUUGGGAAUAUCCUCAUUGUCAUAACUAUCAUCUACGACCACCGGCUCCACACCCCCAUGUAUUUCUUUCUCAGCAACCUCUCCUUGAUCGAUGUCUGUCAUUCCACUGUCACUGUCCCCAAGAUGCUGGUGGACACCUGGUCAGAGGAGAAACUCAUCUCCUUCGGUGGCUGUGUGACCCAGAUGUUCUUCCUGCACCUCUUUGCCUGCACAGAGAUCUUUCUUCUCACCGUCAUGGCCUAUGACCGGUAUGUGGCCAUUUGCAAACCCCUGCAGUACAUGACAGUGAUGAACUGGAAGGUAUGUGUCCUGUUGGCUGUGGCCCUUUGGUCAGGGGGGACCAUCCACUCCAUAGCCUUGACUUCCCUCACCAUCAAGCUUCCCUACUGUGGUCCCGAUGAGAUUGACAAUUUCUUCUGCGAUGUCCCGCAGGUGAUCAAAUUGGCCUGCACCGAUACCCAUAUCAUUGAGAUUCUCAUCGUCUCCAACAGCGGGCUGAUCUCCGUGGUCUGUUUUGUGGUGCUUGUGGUGUCUUAUGCCGUCAUCCUGGUGAGCCUAAGACAGCAGCUAUCCGGGGGCAGGCGGAAGGCCCUCUCCACCUGUGCAGCCCACCUCACAGUCGUCACCUUGUUCCUGGGACAUUGCAUCUUCAUCUAUUCCCGCCCCGCCACCAGCCUCCCCGAGGACAAGGUCGUGUCAGUGUUCUUCACGGCGGUCACCCCCCUACUGAACCCCAUCAUCUACACCCUUCGGAAUGAAGACAUGAAAAACGCUUUAAACAAACUUAUGGGAAAGAAGGAAAAAAAAGAAGAAAAAUGA